AUGUCAAAAUCAGGAAACUUAUUCGGAAACUUCGAUAUUCAUUUCGUUGAAGGUACAGACGAAAUUGACGAUGAUGGUACAUUAGUUAUCAACAAGUUAAACAGAGAUCAACUGGAAUACCCUGAGUUUUUGCCAACUUGGGACCCAAGACAAAAAUAUGGACCAUUGAAAUUUUUCAAACACUUGGAUCCAGGUGCUAGAGCUGACAAAUCGUUACAAAACUUAUUUCCAAAAGACUCGGACCACGUCCAUAAAAGAAUUACACCUAAAUUGGGAUCAGAAAUCACUGGUAUCCAAUUGUCACAGUUAGACGAUAAAGGAAAGGACGAAUUAGCCUUGUUCGUCGCGCAAAGAGGUGUUGUUGUCUUUAGGGAACAAGAUUUCGCAACCAAAGGUCCAAAGUUUGCUACUGAAUAUGGUAGCCAUUUUGGACGUUUGCACAUUCACCCAACUUCUGGUGCUCCAAAAGACCAUCCAGAAUUGCAUAUUACUUACCGUCGUGCUGAUGAAGGUGAAUUCAACCGUGUCUUCUCCAAUAGAUUAAAUUCUAUCGGAUGGCAUUCAGAUGUUUCAUACGAAUUGCAACCUCCAGGUACUACAUUCUUCACUGUUUUACAAGGACCAGAUGCUGGUGGUGACACCAUUUUUGCUGAUGUUGUUGAAGCUUACAACCGUUUAUCUCCAGAAUUCAAAGAGAGACUUGCUGGUUUACAUGUUUUACACACUUCCGAGGAUCAAGCAAGCAAUUCCCGUACACAGGGUGGUAUCGAGAGAAGAAAGCCAGUUUCAAAUAUUCAUCCAUUGAUUAGACAACAUCCAGCUACUGGUGAUAAAUUCAUAUACUUGAAUCGUCCAUUCUCCAGAAGAAUUGUUGAAUUGAAGGAAGACGAAUCUGACUAUUUACUUAACUUUUUAUACCAACAUAUUGAAUCUGCUCACGAUUUACAAAUGAGAGCUAAGUGGGAACCAAACUCCGUUGUUGUCUGGGAUAACAGAAGAGUUGUUCACUCUGCAGUUAUUGACUGGGAUACUCCUGUCUCUAGACAUGCCUUCAGGAUCACCCCACAAGCUGAAAGACCAGUUGAAGAUUUGAAAGACUUGAACAAGGAAGAAUACGAUGUCGGUGACGUUGCUGAAGCUUUAGAUAAGCUUUUAAAAUAA